UCGACAUUAGAACUCGCUCUGGGGCAUGAACAUGUUGAUUGGCUAGUGUCGAGAGUAACCAUCCAUACUCUCGGACGAUUGUUGUAAGUCGUGAAACGCGUUUUGUCCAUUUUCAACGGGCUGCGUGUUGUCUUGAUCAUGGAAUCCUUAUUAGAACAACAAAGACGUUAUCACGAAGAAAGGGAAAGAUUGAUGGAUGCGAUGACGAAAGAGAUGCUGCAUCCAAAGAAAGUGCUGAGGGAGCAAAUAAAUUCUGACCAACGUCUGAAACAACUUAUUGAUCGUUACAUGGACUGCACCAGCGAGCUGAAGGAGCUCUAUGAAGACAAGGAUGGGUUGCGUAAGGAUGAGAUUCAAGCUCUUGCAGGACCCAAUGAGUAUGCAGAAUUUCGGGCCCGCUUAGCAGCUAUUGAUCGCUUCCAUUCCCAGCACCCAAAUGAGAUCAGUGUCCCCAUGUCUGUUGAGUUUGAGGAAUUGGCAAAGCAACGGGAAAAUCCGACUGAGGAAACACAGAAUGCAGUAGAGUUCACAGAUGAGGAAGGAUAUGGUCGUUACCUAGAUCUACAUCAGUGUUACGAGAGGUACCUCAACCUCAAGGGUAUUGAGAAAAUUGAUUACAUCACAUACCUGACCAUAUUUGACAGACUAUUUGAUGUUGCCAAGGACAAGAAGAAUGCUGCAUACAAAGAGUACCUGGUGUUUUUGUUGGACUACAUGGCCGACUAUACCACAAGAGUGAGGGCGCUCUUGGACCUAAGCGAGGAGGUGGAAGGUGUCCAGAAGGAGUUCGAGAAGAUAUGGUCAGAAGGAAUGUUUCCAGGCUGGCCGAAAGAAGCAACAGGAGCCCUGACCCAUUCGGGAGCACAUCUUGACCUGUCAGCGUUUUCAUCAUGGGAGGAACUGGCAUCUCUGGGAUUGGAUCGACUCAAAUCUGCUCUGAUGGCCCUUGGUCUCAAGUGUGGCGGCACACUGGAGGAGCGAGCACAACGGUUGUUCAAUACCAAGGGCAAGAAUCUUGAGGACCUUGACCCUUCAUUAUUUGCCAAAUCCAAACCAGGGAAGGCUGGCAAGAACAGGGAUUCUGAACGCCAAAGAGAGAUAGCUGCCCUAGAGGCCCAGGUCUACCGGUUUGCAGAGAUACUUAGUGAGCAGCGGGCAGCUACACGGGACAAUGUGCAGCGUAAGCAGGCCCGCACUGGGGAGGAAAGGGAGGAGUCAGAUGAAGAGGAGUUCUCUGAUGAUUCUGAUGAUGAUGAGGAAGAUAUCCCGUACAACCCCAAAAACCUCCCUCUUGGCUGGGAUGGCAAGCCUAUUCCAUACUGGUUGUACAAGCUUCAUGGCCUGAACAUCAGCUACACCUGUGAAAUCUGCGGCAACUUCCCCUACAGAGGACCCAAGGCAUACCAGAGGCACUUUGCAGAGUGGAGACAUGCCCAUGGCAUGAGGUGUUUAGGCAUCCCCAACACAGCUCAUUUCGCCAAUGUCACACUGAUAGAAGAUGCUCUUGCAUUGUGGCAGAAGAUUAAGUCAGGGAAGGAAUCGGACCGAUGGAGACCUGACACAGAGGAGGAGUAUGAGGACUCACAGGGAAAUGUCGUGAACAAGAAGACCUUUGAGGACUUGAAGCGACAGGGAUUGUUAUAGCCAGGAUCUGGUGCUGCCAUUACACAUGUACAUAACACUACUGUAGCUAUCUGUAGCCUUCAUGGAGAACUUCAUUGUGCACCCAAGUUACUUGGUUGUCCCAUAAAAAUAACAGCAACGCAUAUGCCCUGUUGUAGUUGUCUGUUACAUGUGUUUGGGGGUGGGGAGACUGAGGGUUUGAAGUGAGAUUGUGAAAAUAAAAAACCUUAAGUCAUC